UCGCGUUUCCCAGCAGUUCAGAUGGCCACGCGGCCGGGUCUAAGAUGAGCUACUCCUUACAGCCGUGCGGUACUCGGUACUCGUCCUCGUCCUCGUCCACGUCCACGUCCUCGUCAUCCUCGUCUUCGUCUGUGUCUGCAUCUUCGUCCUGCCUUUCGGACCUCGUGUGUGGUGCGGUGGCAGCUGGUACUACUACUACUACUACUGCCCCUGGUGUGGCUAUCAUAGCCCCGAAAACAACUGGCCUGGCUUAGCCGCAAAAAGUAGAAAGUGAUUUAUUUGGCCAAAUGAAAUAUGCUCGAAUAAGUGAACCGACCAGCCCGGAAUCGAGUCAAUUAAAAUUCAAUUAUGCGACCAAAGAUGAAGGAGAGGCCGCGCAAGCGUUUGAAAAUUCGACCGAUGAACAAUUCCUGACUGAAACGGAAGUUUAAACUGCCAUAAAAGUGUGUUCCCCCCAGCAUAAUCCCUUAGCAAUCGAUCAUAUCACAAGAGUGAAGCGCAACAUAUCGUGUAGAAACAGAAACGGAAAUCCCUGUGCCGGACUUAUCGACUGCCAGGAUAUCAAAACUGCAAUUACUUUUACCCUUGUUAUCUUUGUUGCAAUUGUUAUAUCGUUCUCGUCGUCGUCGUCGUCGUCGUCGCCGGUUGUAAAAGUUCAAGAAAAGCGAGGAAAAGCGUGGAAAAGCAGAAAAGCGAAACUAAAACACUGUCCAAAACCCCCACCAAAGAAAAAACCCAACUCCACUCGACGAGCUUGUUCGAAUGGAAAUCAAUCAAUUGCACAAUUGGCAGAGUGCAUGUGGUGUGAAAAAGUGAAUUAAUUGCACAGCACGACUUCAAAGCCAAGAAACAUAGCGAACAGCAAUUUAACAAUUCAAAAAAUAAAAAUUAAUUGCCAUAAAUAAAAACACACACAUAACACGGCUGUCAUUUGUAAUUACAAAUGGGCCUGAAAAAGUAGCAUACAUAAUUCACAAUUACAAUAAAUUUUAAAGCAAAACUCAUACCUACAUAUAAAUAAAGCAAAGUAUUUGCAAUUAAAUUAUCUGUGAUUUUUGUCAACAUAUUAAAUAUUUUGCACGCUGCCGUGGUUAAACCAAAAUCCCCUGUUAAACGUAUCCAAUAAUUUAAAGUGAAUAGUGAAUAGUUGGUCACAGUGCGUUGGGCCUAAAGGCAAUUCUAUUCGUCGCCGGUUGUUCCGUUGUUCGUUUCGUUUGCAUUGUUGAUUUCAUCGUAGUGCUUUAAGUGUUGUAUAUCGGAAUCGGUGUCGCAUCGGGACGUGUAAAUAUCGAACAAAAUGGCAAUGGUUAUAUCGACGCGUGCCAAGCUCGUGAUUACCGCGCUGAUUCUCUUCUUCCUGCUCGGCAUCGUCCUCGUGACGGGCUCCACAAAGGGAUGGUUCAAUCCCAACCGCUACAACGGCGAACGGGUGGCAGCUAGGAUUCAGGCGACGGACAUCUUCGACGCCAGUGGAAUGCCCCCGGGACAGACGCAGUACACGCACGAGAGACCGUACCGCGGCAUCAAGGGCGAGAAGGGAGAGCGCGGCCCCAAAGGCGACAGCAUUCGCGGUCCGCCGGGACCUCCGGGUCCUCCGGGGCCCAAGGGUGAAACGGCCGCCUAUCCGCCCUUUGUGGAGACUACGAGUGCGGGGGCUAAAUACACUGGCGAGUGUACAUGUAACGCGUCUGAUAUCCUAGAGGCCAUUAAGGACAAUGAGUCGUUGCGGGAGACGUUGCGAGGAGCGCCCGGAGCGGCGGGCAAGGAUGGAAAGCCAGGUACCCCUGGUCACACCCAACCUGUGGAACGCAGCCUCUUCAAUGCGAUGCAAUACAUCAAAAGGAAAGCGGGAGCCACCGGAGUGCCAGGAGCCAGAGGCGCCCGGGGGUCCGAAGGUGCCCAGGGGCUGAAGGGCGAGCCAGGCGUCGACGGACUGCCCGGAGUCGUGGGUCCACCGGGACCACCGGGUCCGCCUGGUUUGCCCGAGAAUUACGAUAUAAAUUGGAAUCCAACCAGGACCUUCAAGGAAUCCCUAAUGGUCAACUCGAUGGGCACAUUCCGGGGUACGACGCAGCCGGGGGCCAAAGGUGUGCCCGGCGAGAAAGGUGAUGCCGGCCAGAAAGGAGAGCGUGGCGAUCCGGGUCACAAAGGUGCACACGGGCCCAGCGGCUCAAAGGGUGAGCCCGGCGAACCGGGAACACCAGGACUGCCGGGAUUGCCGGGACAGGCCGGACAGCCCGGCGGACUCGAGGGCCUCGCCAGCGCCAAUGGGACCAAGGGCGAGAAGGGCGAGAAGGGCAUGCGGGGUCGGCGCGGCGGAACGGGAGCCACUGGACCAAUUGGACCGCCCGGAAAACCCGGGGCCAUGGGCGAUAUUGGACACUCGGGCCGCCCUGGUAUGACAGGACCCAAGGGUGAGAUGGGUCCCAAGGGACCAAAGGGCGAUUCCAGUGGACGCGAAGGGAUCAAGGGUGACAAGGGCGACCGAGGUCAGGAUGGUCGAGAUGGCUUGCCAGGACCUCCUGGAAUACCCGCCACCGGAGGAGGUGAUGGUGACAGCAGCGGAGUGCAGUACAUCCCAAUGCCAGGACCUCCAGGACCUCCGGGACCACCAGGUCUGCCAGGUCUAUCGAUUUCGGGACCCAAAGGAGAGCCCGGCAUGGAGUUGCGAAGCAGCUUCUACGGCGAUGCUUCCUACUACGGGCGACCAGGAGCGCGCUCAUCCUUAGACGAACUCAAAGCACUGCGAGAACUGCAAGAUCUUCGGGAUCGGCCCGAUGGCACAGCCGAGACUCCACGGCAGCCAGGACACACCCGCAAGCAGCAUGAUGAAACCCUGGGUCUGGGUGAAGGCGAGGAGCCCUACUUUUCGGCAUCCUCAUCGAACAUGAACAUGAAGAUUGUGCCCGGCGCAGUCACCUUCCAGAACAUUGAUGAAAUGACAAAAAAAUCGGCCCUCAAUCCGCCGGGCACGUUGGCCUACAUCACCGAGGAGGAGGCUCUUUUGGUUCGCGUCAACAAGGGCUGGCAGUAUAUUGCGCUGGGAACCCUGGUCCCGAUAGCCACGCCCGCCCCGCCCACCACGGUGGCCCCAUCGAUGCGAUUCGACCUGCAGUCGAAGAACCUGCUCAACAGUCCACCGCCCCUCAUCAAUACGCCCACGUUUACAACCGCGCCCGAAUACGAAACGUGGUAUCCGCGAAUGCUGCGCGUGGCGGCACUGAACGAGCCCUCCACCGGCGAUUUGCAGGGGAUUCGGGGGGCGGACUUCGCCUGCUAUCGGCAAGGACGACGGGCCGGCCUCCUGGGCACCUUCAAGGCAUUCCUAUCCUCCAGGGUACAGAAUCUGGACACGAUUGUCCGCACGGCUGACCGGGAUCUGCCCGUGGUGAAUACCCGUGGCGAUGUGCUCUUCAACUCCUGGAAGGGCAUCUUCAAUGGCCAAGGUGGCUUCUUCUCGCAGGCGCCACGGAUCUACAGCUUCAGCGGGAAGAAUGUGAUGACGGAUCCUUCAUGGCCCAUGAAGAUGGUCUGGCAUGGCUCACUGCCCAAUGGAGAGCGCUCCAUGGACACAUACUGCGAUGCCUGGCACUCGAGUGACCAUCUGAAGUCAGGGUAUGCCAGCAAUCUGGAUGGCCACAAGCUGCUCGAACAGAAGAGGCAGUCCUGCGACAGCAAGCUGAUCAUCCUGUGCGUGGAGGCCCUUUCGCAGGAUCGCAAGCGCAAGAAGCGGGACCUCGACAGCAGCAGCUUCCGCAAUAGUCGCAGUCACAGCGAAAGUCACGGCGAGAGUGAAAGUCUGGAGUUCCACACGGAAGACGAGUAUGCAGCGCAUUUAGAAAAUUUACUGCUGUAAGCGGAACCGGAAGGAAGAAGAAGCAAGUCACACCAAGCCAUUCUCAUACAUAAAACAAAACAAAUCACAGCACACACACGUACAUUGAAUGUAAACGUAAAUCAUGGCCAUGCAUAUAAUCAGCGAAUUCCAAACAAAAACCAAAAAGAGAAUACUCAGACGACAGAUGGAUGUUGCAUAUAAAUACAUACUUAUAUUACCCGUGCGCAUACACACUACUCGUAGGUAAUGUCUAAUAUACUUCUACACGUAUAUCAUAAUAUAGUGCAUACCUAUAGAUAUAUCGUGGAUAUGUAUGAGUUGUACUUUAUGUUCAGGACAAGGCAAAGGCAAACAGUAAUUUUUGUACAAGCAGGAAAACGUAUUUGUAGUUUGUAAUCUGUAAUUUGUAACUUACCGAUAGCCGUAGCCGAACUAAUGUAAUUUUUGUAAUUACGUAAGCUCACCCCGAAAGAACCGACGAACAGCAGCGGAUCAUCCACGCCUACGCAAUACUGGCCAAAUUAGUAUCCUAUUUAGCUCGUAUGGCAAUGCACCCGAGAAUCUAUUAUCGAGAAGCGAGGAACUCUUCACAGGACCCUGUAUAUGCGUGUAUAAAUGUGUAUUUUUGUCAAAAGACUUCUAGGUGUGUGUACAAUAUAAGAAAAAAACCCAAGUGGUUACGAUACGAAACCGUUUUUAACUAUCGCAUGCAGCCCUUUCUGCCCGGUCUAUAUACAUUUCUAUAUAGGAUAUAUGUUUUACGAACGAUUUCUACUCCUUUCGUAGGCCUGAGAUUUUCUACAGCUAGCCCGCGAAUCCCACACAAUACUCGUAAUCGAAAUCGCUAUUCGGAUCGCAGUUUUUAUAUGCAUCAGAUGAGUAACGAUAAUGAAACUAUAGCGUAAUCCACUCACACACACAUAAAUACAUGCACAUCCGUGGAUGGUAAAUUCGUAAUUUAUUGUCAUUCGAUAACGAAUACUUAACUAAAUUCUAAUUAUAAUUACCGAGCAUAGUUAGUUACAUAUAAUGAUAAUUUCUUUUUGCAUUUAACCAAUGCAUUUCCAACUACAACAUUUGUAAUGUAAUUAAACGUAAUUGUAAUGACAGUUAAGGUAUUAAUUUAAAACAAUAAACCACAAAAGCAGAACACAAAAGCGAUGGGCGCGGUAGCCAGCCGCAAGGUGACAUUAUAUAGUACGAUUAAAGUAAAAUAUAUAUUUAGUGAAAUCAAAACUGAAGUGCAGAACAGAGCCCUCUAGUCCUAAGUCUAAAAUAUGGCGAGAAAAACGAGAGCAUAACAGAGAUACAUAAUAGCAUAAUAUAAUUGCAUAAUACGAAACAAUAAAAA